ACCCGAGCCUGCAUUUUGCUUCCGUCUUUUCCUCCAGCUGGGAUGGACUAAGAGCAACCCCGUCCCAGUCCGGCCGAAGUCAGAGAAAGCGGGCCCAGGCUGCUCCCGAAAGCAUGGAGUUGAAGCAAUCCAUCUCAGCCAGCUUGGAAGCCGAGAAAUCGCUGAGGAGCUACGGGGCGGUGAAAGAGACGGAGUGGGAAAGCGAUGGGCUGGGGAAAAAUCAACUUAACAUCAUUUCAAUGGCGGAAACAACCAUGAUGCCCGAGGAGAUAGAGAUGGAAAUGGCAAAGAUCCAAAGGCUUCGGGAAGUCUUGGUCAGAAGAGAAUCAGAACUGAGAUUUAUGAUGGACGACAUCCAGCUGUGCAAAGACAUCAUGAACCUUAAGAAAGAGCUGCAGAAUUUAGUAGCCAUCCCAGAAAAAGGCAAGACCAAGCUGCAGAAUCAAAGAGAGGAUGAGUUGAUCCAGAAAAUCCACAAAUUAGUGCAGAAAAGAGACUUCCUUGUUGAUGAUGCAGAAGUGGAGAGAUUGAGAGAGAAGGAAGAAGACAAGGAGAUGGCUGAUUUCUUACGGAUUAAGUUGAAACCUCUGGAUAAUGUUGUCCAGUCUCCAACCAGGGUACCUACGGAGAAGAAAGCCGAGCCUCCACCACGUCCUCCCAACAAGCCCACCAUUGCCAAAACCAGCACUGCUCUCAUUAAGGAUUGCUGUGGGAUGACCCAGUGUGCCAUCAUGUAGCUCUAGCAUCUCUCUCUGGCACGCCUUCUGCUCGACCCACUUCCCUCUUGGCCCAAAAACUGGUGGGCGAGGGAACCAGGACGUACAGCAUCCAGAUAUUCCUGAUCGUUGAAUCCCCUGUUGUAUUUCUUACAGUAACUUGUGUGCAGAAUGUGCUACUUGGUGACUCCUUCAUGUUGCAUGGACCUCAGCGAGCAUGCCUAGGUGAAGACGAGUAGAAGUAACUAUAGCCAGAACACAGAGAAGACCUGUGAAGUGUAGACAUAGACGGGGGAUGGCUUAUGGCUUGCAGGUAUCAAGGGCUGUUUGUAUGUCUACAGCUGCGUUCGCACCACACAGUGUUAAUCUGGGUUCUGAAUUAACUCAUUUUCUGGUUUUGCACAGGAUGCUAAGUCAUCGCCAUAAGGGGGGGAAAUAGCCAAGAUGAACACUGACUAAGCUUAAGCAUACUGUGUGAAUCUAUCUGCUAGGUCUUUACCUGGCCUGGUGAAAAAUUGUGUGAAUCCAGCUUAUAUGUAAAAUUGGCAUAUGGGUGGGAUAAAUUCCCGGCCCAAUGUCACCUCCGAACUAGAAAACCAUACCAAAUAACAUGUAGCAGUUUUAAUGGUCUGUUGUACACAGGAUACAUCCCACACCUUCUUCCUUUAACAGGUGGCAUUUGAUGGGUGGGCGAACGGAGGCAAACACCGUCCACGAGGCUGGGUGUUUUCUUUUCGCAAUGACAUGUGUGUUAAUAAAAAUGCUGAAUAGCAUAGCUAAUAGCCUACAAGAAGCUGAAGACAAAUUAU